CUCUCCCUUUCGCUCUCUUUCCAUCUCUCUAACCUGUGAAUUCUUUAUUUUGAUCUCGUUCUCCUAUCAUUGUUAUUGUAAUUAUAAUCCUUGUUUUUGUAACUGAUUUUUUUAAUUAUUUUAUACUGGGACCAAAAGGCAAGAGAGACAGACAUGUAUAUAUAGAGUCCCAUAGCAUCGAUCCUCAAUUAAAUACUUCUACUGCUACCUACUUACUAUCGAUCCCCUCGCAGGAUUAUAACCAUAGGUAAACUCACAGAGCCACCUUCCAGUGGUUCUGACCAUCAAAGAAACAGUCAGAUCUCUCCCUCGCUCUUUCUCUCUUACAGCGAUCAUCUUCCAGUCCAGCAGCUUUUCUCUCCACUCGUAAUAAUUUAAAUGACUCACUAAUUGUUUUGAUGUAUCAAUGGUUUUAAUUACACCAGACAGAAGAGCAAAUGGAUGAUAAGUGCUGGACGUCCCCUAACAAUUCUAUCUCUAAAGAAAUUCUAAAAUUUGGAUCUGGUUUAGCAAGGCCUACUGAUGGAAGUAUUUGCAUUGUUUCCAUAUCCCAUAUUGGUGGGGCUGCUUUAAACAAAGAUUCUCUUGGGUAUGGCUUAGGAGAAAAUGUUAAAAUACAAAUUGGAGAGGGAGAUACCAUUUAUGGAGAGCUUAUUGAUGAAUGUUUAGAAUCUAUGAAACUAGACGAAUGCUGUGAAGCAACAUUUCAUAUACUUUUAGAGUCAUCAAAAGACUCUUGUGAUCAACUUGAAAAAUAUAAAUUACAAUUAGAAUUACAUAAGUUUGAAAAUCCAACAAAUAGUUGGGAAAUGACCAUAGAGGAGAAACUGGCUGUUGCUAUGCAUCAUCGGAAGAAAGGGUCUGAGCUUUUCAAGGCAGGUAAUAUAGAGUUUGCCUUUAAGCGUUAUAGAAAAGCAUUGAAAUAUGUAAUAACUAUAGACUCAGAUGACGAAAUGCCUGAAGAUGUGAGAACUGAAUACCAGAACUUGAAAUCUACUCUGUUUGUUAAUAUUUCUCUCUGUCAGAGUAAAUAUGAAAGCAAUGACUUUGUAAUUGCAAACUGUACGUCUGCGUUGGUUGUUGAUAAAAAUAAUGUGAAAGCCCUUUAUCAUCGAGCACAAGCACAACUAAACACCAGGGACCUUGAUCGAGCUUUGGCUGAUAUAAAAGCUGGUUUGGAACUUGAACCAAAUAACCAAGUAUUUCUUAAAUUACAAAAAAUAGUUAAUUCCAAACUGAAAGUACAUACUGACCAAAUGAAGAAGGCCAUGACAAAAAUGUUCUUGCAGAAUUAGAUCCUUGGGAUCUUGUUUAAAUAAACAACACUAAAUUUCUCUCUCAUCAAAAUUUUUUUGUUAUCCAACUAUGGCAGUCAGAAGGCCAAAAGUUUAAAUUGUUAAAAAUAGUUAUUAAAACUGGAUUACUUUACCAAAGAUUAACUGUUUUAAUCUUUUUGUUACUGUAUUUAAGCUGAACUACACUACCUUUGGACCAAUUAAUUUUUUAAAUAAUGAAAAAUUUAAUAAAAUAACUUAAUUGUAAUUAAGCUUGUGUUUGGAACAAAUUAGCAUUAAAUUUGAAAGAUUUUAAUUUAGAUCACUUUAAAGCAGGAAGUUUGUUUAAAAAGCCAGAGAGUUAAGGCAGGUUGGUAUCAAAAGGGUUAAACUAUGAUGAAGGUUGAUUCAAAUUUAUCUUUGUUUCAAAAUGAAUCAAUUUCAUAAACCACAUCUUGUUUUACUAAAUCCCACCAAGCUUAAAAAUUCUGCCUAUUUUCUUCAAUAAAAUUAAUUAUUAAUUACUAAAUACUUAA